ACGUCCGCCAGUUGUGUUUUCGAUUUGCUCGGAAGUGGAUCGCAAUUACCCUCCGCUCAUAGGAUUACCACCUGCGCGCUUGCUUUUCCCGGCUCGGCAGCUGAUAACAUUAUUUCAAAGACCAAUCAAUCUUUCCUUGGCCACCGGGAGCUACUUGCUAGUCAGUACAUCCAAGAAGUAUUGUUGAGCAAGAGCAGCGCGGAUGACAAAUACAAGAUGAUGGAACGCCGGAAGUGAGACAGCCUCAUUAAAAACAAUGGACAAUUCGUCGAAACGGAAGUUCUCACUGGACUCCAAGAGUUCCUCAUCAGGCCGAUAUGAUCUCCGCUUCACGCGACACAAGCUCAACACCAACUACAAGUGGUGCUGUUGCGGAAUAGCCACCUUCUUGACAUUCCUGCUGCUGGCCUCCCUGGUUUUGUACGUGGCAUAUGAAUCAAUGGAGGAUGAAGAAUCGUCCCUGCUGUACUUUCGAGCAAAUUUUCGGGUGCUUUCCGGCGACCCAUUUGAUUCGUCACUGGUUGACACCAACUCGACCGCCUACCGGAAGAAGACGCGCAGCUACAAAGAGUUAAUAAACCUGCUUGUGCGGGGAUCGGAACAUCGGCAUGGGUUUGUCGGGAGCGAAAUCCUGGCGCUGGAUGGCGUGGACGAGAAGGGCAUGGCCGUUCACUUCCGUCUGCAAUACGACAAAGAGAGGGCCAACGUCACCAGCGAGCAGUUGCGUGUCCUCUUUCACAAACUGGUCAACAGGACGGAACCCGUCCGGUCCGAGCAUUUCAACAGACUUACCAUUGACCCACAAAGCAUCUAUAUAAGCGAGCCUGGGACAACAAUGGAUAGUGAGGAGCCAAUGCUGCAAGUGUCUGACCAAUCCGUGCAACUGGUGGUGACCACCACAACAACUGAAGCACCCCCGAAGUGCGCCAUGUCCUCCCUGGACUACUGCAAUUACAAGAAUUCCACCGUCUAUCCGAACAUUUUUGGCCACCGAAAUAUAGAGCAGGUCAAAGACGAUCUUGUCCGUUUCAGGGAGAUUGUUGACUCGGAGUGUCACCCGUUGGGCGCUUACGAGUUUGUGUGCAAACUUUUGCAACCACCAUGCGAGGACCCUUCGAACGUGACCCUGCCCCUGACCUGCCAAACUGAGUGUGACUCUUUCAUGGUGAACUGUAAGGAACGAUUGAGUGAAGACCUCCUGCAGACGAUCGACUGCAGCCAGGAGGAAAUUUACGACGCAGACUGCUGAAUUUUGUGUUACUUUAGAAUUUAGAGAAAGAAAAAAUAAUUCAUUCUUUUUCAUCUUGUAAUACGAAUUUAAAGAAAUUAUUUAUUACGAUUAAGGUGUUAAUUUAAGAUAAAUAAAAUAAUCAUUGAAAUUGAAAA